AUGCAGUUCUCUCUGAAAGUCUUCCUUGGUUUCUGCUUCGGAAUUCUUUCCGGGACAAGUUUGAUUCUGAACAUUUUUGCAUUGUUCACAGUGUUUCGGUUAGCCUUCAUACUUCGAAAAAACCAUGUCUACGUCAUCGCUUUCUUCAAUAUACUGUCUGAUGUCAUGCAGAUGACCAUGUCUGUCUUUUUUCUCACUCCAAGUAUUAUCACAAAUUCCUUUCUGAUUAGCACUCGAAAGAAAAGUCCAUGGACUCUCGCAUUUGGUUCCGCGUUCAUGUUCUUGUGGUACUUUGAGACCAUUACUCAAAUGAUAAUGGCUUUUGACAGAUACGUAAUCAUUUGUCUUCGUAAGCACAACCUAUUCACCUUCACUUCAACUCUUGUCAUGUUCUCUUUGCUCAUCCCAAUCUCUUUUGUGAUAAUGUACCAUUCACAGUAUAUGAAUCCAUGUUGCGCAUUUCUGUUCGAUCAAGAAUACUUAUCGUACUCGUACUACCCCAUUGAAGGUGUUCCCAACUAUUCAGACCGAUUUGAUCUACCUCUCAAUGCAUCUAGUUCCAUCAUUUCUGCAAUCUGCUACAUCUUGAUCUUCUGGACCGUUCACAACUCGUCAGCUACAUUUUCAACGGUCGAAGGCGAUCAACAAAAAGUUAGAAGGAGAAGAGACAUCAGAUUUGCAAUACAAUCCAGUCUUCUCCUGGUUUUCUACAUAUUCGUUUGGGUUUUGUUCCGAGUUCUGCCGAUUCUUUUGGCAGACAGACACGUGGAAUGGUUCAUUCUCGUGCCAAUAUUCUAUACCAUCAAUUGUACUUCGAACGCCAUAAUAUACAUUUUCUUCAACAGUGAAGUCCAAAGCCAUUUGACACCAUACAAAUUGAUCUCAGUUCUUCGCUAUCUGGGAAUCACUCAAACUCCAACACCAGUACAAAAUCGGACGAUAGCAAGUAUGACAACUUUAUCAAGUGUCGCACCGAUCACACACGUCGCCAUACGAUUCAUUCCAGCUCGGAAGCAUCAGCCCUUUCGAUCGAUUGGCUUGCUUCAGAAUAUGAAUCAAAGUGUUGUUUGA